AUGCGUCCUGGAGGAACGCCGAGACCGUGCGACAGAGAUCCUCUACGACGGCUCGACAGUUACGAUCGCGGCAUCGCCUCAGAGCUAGCUCGACAGGCAGAGGAGGCCGUAGAUGGGUCCUUGAAGGCUUCCGACGCUUCUGAGACCGCAGCUUCCAUUCAGAUCGACGACGUCGAGUCAUCUGGUGAAGAUGACUCGGUGGAGACGCCAGAAAUCUCUGCCGCUCCUGGCACGGCCUCAGCAUCCGUAGCCACAGCCUCGUCCACUUUCGGUUCCUUAGGCGUCUGCCCGUCCCUCUGUGCUGUCUUGCAGCAUCUCUCUAUCUUAGAGCCGACUCCAGUGCAGCGCGUUUCUCUCCCUUUGGGGCUUUCGGGACACGAUUUCUGUGCGAUCGCCCCUACGGGUACCGGCAAAACUUUGUGCUACUUGUUGCCAGUGCUGCAGCGCCUGCAUCAGGGCAUAGGGCACGCCUUUAUGGCUUUAGUGCUGCUGCCUGCACGGGAGCUUGUUUCGCAGGUGGGGGAGCAGUUUGGGGUGUAUGGACAGCACCUUGCCCUCCGCUGGGUGGAGGUGACCGGAGGGAGGGACAUGAUGAUUGAAGCCACUGCACUGCAACAGCAGGCGCCGCAUGUGGUUCUGUCGACUCCUGGGAGACUGGCGGACUUGCUGCAAAGAGAGAGAGGCGUAGCAGCGGCAGAGGAAGCAGCUGACGGGGUAGACGCAAGCGAAUGUGAAAGUGGGGGAGAGAGGGGCAAUGACACAGAGGAACGGAAGACUUUCCGAGCGUCGGUCAGGGGUUCCAUUCAUGAGCGGCUAGGAGCUGUUGAUUGCUUGGUAUUGGAUGAAGCCGACAGACUGUUGAGCGAGGAAUUCGGCCCCGAUUUGGGAUUGUUGCUGUCUGCGCUACCUGCUGCUGCGUCGGGGAGGCAGACCCUGUUGCUCUCUGCAAGUCACAGUCCUGCGCUGCUGCAGCUGCAGCAGGAGUUUGGUGACGACCGCAUGCCGUUGCUGCAUCCCGAGGCAGCAACAGCCUGUCCUCCCCAGCUACAACAUCGCUACAUCUUUGUUCCGGCAGCCAUGCGGGGAGUCUACGUGCUGCACUUGCUGCAGGAGGAGCCAUUCGUCUCCCAGCGUGGCAUCGUCUUUGGGGGUUCCGUGCGGCGGACGCAGCAACUCGCUACAGCCCUGCAGCAGCUGGGGAUCGCAUGCGUUUGCCUGCACUCACUCUUACAGCAGAGGCAGCGAGUUGCCGCUCUCUCGGCGUUCCGUAGCCAGCACAUGCGUCUCCUUGUUGCAACAGACGUUGCAGCGCGGGGCUUGGAUCUCCCGAAUUUAGACUUCGUCAUCAAUCUGCAGCCUCCUAAAGAGCCAGAAGUAUAUGUGCACCGCGUUGGUCGCACUGCUCGCGCUGGGAGAAGGGGAGUUGCGGUCACAUUCGUGGACCCUGUGGAUGUUGCCGCCCUUCACCGCAUAGAGGACUUCAUUGGAUGCCGACUUCAGGAGCAGCCGCUCUCCCAAAUUGGUCUAGCAAAGAAGGUGCGACAGAUGCUGGGCGCGGAGGCGCAAGCGCUCGAUCGCUUACGCCUCAAUGGCUUUGAACAGAAGGCGGAAAUAUACGAAACUGCGCAAAAAGAAUACCGGAGGCUUAGGCGGGAGAAGCGGAAUAGAGCUGAGGGAAUGGGCUGGGAAUGGGCAGGGAAUGAGAUCAACACAUCUAUUCUGCGGCCGCCCGCUAAGGAGCCCUUAUUAAAGAAUAGCAAAACAGGGCAAUCUAACGAAGUAGCACUGAAGACUGCCAAAGUUGCGCAAAAGGAGGCAACAGGGAGGUGUUCUGCUGCCGCCAACGGCUGGCCAGGGGUUUGGAAUACUGGGAAGAGCAAUGGAGUCUUUCCUUUGGGGAGCCAAACCCCAAUAGAGUGCCAGGUGGUACAAGCAAUACAACGCGAUGAACAGGUGCCUUUUGUUUCAGCGACUGUAUGCCAGUUAACACGGAAGCUUUGCCAACAAUCUUCAAAGGGUGAAAUAAUUGCAGCUGUGCGUCUAAAGACGUGCGCAUGCCUCAGCAUAGCGGUUAUUGUGAGGGUCGGGGAGAGGCUGACGACGGAAUCGUUCCGCGCUCGUGUGACUCUUUGGGAACCUGCAGAUGAUCGCGGUGCUGCUUUAACUAGCCGCAUGGGAUGCGUGCCUCGAGUGGGCAACACUCUACAAAGCGUGCCUGCUGCUCUUGUGUUGUGCUGCAUGCUGUCCAACUAG